CCUGACAAAAUGAAAAUUUUAUGAAUUUGGGCACCUUCUUCUUCUUCUCCCUUCAAAUUCAGGACCUGCCCUAUUCCUUCGCACCAAUGGCUUCCACCCAAUUCCUUUGUCAACACCUUCUCUUCUCUUCUUUUGGGACUAAUGGCAGUACACCCAACACACUUCUCUCCUGCAAAAAAUCAAAUCUUUCUCUUUCUUCUUUCAGACAUAGGUCUUCUUCUUUUGAUAGAAAAGCACAAAAUCGAAGAGCCACUGCUUCUGAUUCAAAAACAGGUAGAAGACAGGUGGAGAUAGUGUAUGAUCCAGAUGAAAGAAUAAACAGGUUAGCAGAUGAAGUUGAUAAGAACACAAGCCUUUCAAGGCUCUCUCUUUUCUCUCCCUGUAAGAUUAAUGUUUUCUUGAGAAUAACCAGAAAGAGGGAAGAUGGAUUUCAUGAUUUGGCUUCUCUGUUUCAUGUAAUAAGUCUAGGGGAUAUGAUUAAGUUUUCUCAAUCACCAAUGAAAAGCAAAGAUCGUUUGUCUACCAAUGUGCCAGGUGUCCCACUUGAUGACAAGAAUUUGAUUAUCAAGGCACUCAACCUUUACAGAAAAAAGACCGGCAGUGACAACUUCUUCUGGAUUCACCUUGAUAAGAAAGUGCCUACUGGUGCUGGGCUCGGCGGUGGAAGUAGUAAUGCUGCGACUGCAUUAUGGGCCGCAAAUCAAUUCAGCGGUGGUCUUGCCACUGAAAAGGAGCUUCAGGAAUGGUCAGGUGAAAUUGGUUCUGAUGUUCCCUUCUUUUUCUCUCACGGAGCAGCAUAUUGUACUGGUAGAGGUGAGGUUGUUGAAGAUAUCCCGCCACCAAUACCUUUGGACAUGCCAAUGGUCCUGAUAAAGCCCCAACAGGCGUGCCCAACUGGUGAAGUUUACAAGGCAAUGCUAAAUUCACGCCUUCGGCUGGAUCAAAGUAGUUCAGUUGAUCCUUUGACCUUGCUGGAGAAGAUUACACAAAUGGGGAUUUCUCAAGAUGUUUGUAUCAAUGAUUUGGAGCCUCCAGCAUUUGAAGUCUUGCCAUCUUUGAAAUUGUUGAAAAAACGCGUGCUUGCAGCUGGCCGUGGACAGUAUGAUGCUGUUUUCAUGUCGGGGAGUGGAAGCUCUAUUGUCGGAAUCGGUUCUCCAGAACCCCCGCAGUUUGUCUACGAUGAUGAUGAGUACAAGGAUGCCUUUGUAUCUGAGGCACGCUUUCUUACCCGCAGAGAGAACCAGUGGUACACCGAGCUGAAUUCCACAACGAGUUCUUUUGAGUCUCCUGCCGAUCUUUCACAGACUGUUGAGUAAUUCUUAUAUGAUAUAGUUGUUGUUUCAUGAAAUGGGAUCCAGAACCUUAUUUUCUUGAUUAAUACAAGAUUUUUUUUCUUCUUCA